GUCAAGAUUGAGGUUUUGCCUGUGAUAACAUAUUUUAUUUAUUUGUAAUUAUAAUAUAACAAUAUAUAGACAUGCAUAAAAUAUAUGAUUUGUCGAAUUUCAUAAAUAUUCGAUAAUGUUAAAACCGAAAAAGUAUUUUAGGAUAGAUAUUAAGUGACUAAUAAUAAGUAAGAUACUACAUACUGAUGAUCAUCAUUAUAAGCUAAAAAACAUUUAUAUACUUACUUUAACUUUAUAUUUAGAUAUACGAAUGGCGGUAAACUUGUGUAGAAUAUGUCUGGAGAGUGGAGCUACCAUACCACUGUUUGUAAACAGAAGUAAUAUUUUAACAAAACUUUCGUUUUGUGUAAAUGAAACAAUUACAGAUACAGAAGGAUAUCCUAAAAAUAUAUGCUCUAAUUGUAAACAUUCAUUAUUUGAAGUGUAUAAUUUUAUUACAAAAUUCAAAGAAACACACAAUAUACUUAGGAAUAAAUUAUUAGUCAAACAAGAAGAAUUUAACUACAGUCUUGAUAGUUGUAUUGGCCAAAUUGAAGUUAAAAUCAAGCAAGAAAACUUUAAAAAUGAAUGUAGUGAUGAUGAGCCCCUUUGUGGUUUCAGCCAGAUAAAAAAAGAAUCAGAGACUGAGAACAAAUCUAAAGAGAGAAUUAGACUGAAUAAAUUACGACAAUCAUUUAAGAAAAAUCUUACUAGAACCAAUACAAUAGCUUCAUCUAUACUAGAGGGCGAAUUUGUAUGGAUUGGUGACACAUGGUGUUUAAAUACCACUAAAGUAUCAACAUCAAAAAAAAAGGAAACAUCAAAACUAAAACAGAAACAAAAUAGAGUUGAUAUAAAAUUACCAAAAGAAAAGGUUGAAAAACCUAAAGUACCUAAAUUAUGUGAUCUAUGUGGUGUUACAUUUAAGAGCUUAGAUAAAUUAGCCAUACAUAAAAGGAAUAUUCACUUUAAGAAACCAACAAAAUGUCCAGAAUGUCCACAAAUAUUAGCUUCAAAUUAUUAUUUAAAUAGACACAUACGAAGGUGUCAUAAAAAAGAGGAUAACUUUAUAUGUGCUACAUGUGGUAGAGGUUUUACAUUUAGAGGAGAAAUGAUGACCCAUGUUAAAAAUGUGCACAAUAAACACUUAAAACCAAGAAAAACAUUUUCGUGUGAUCUCUGUGAUAAAGUAUUUAAGUGUCAGAAGUCUGUCACCAUUCAUAUCAGAUCUGCUCACACAGGUCAACGGCCAGCAGUUUGUACUGUAUGCGAUAGUAGUUUUUUCCAUGAAGAUUAUCUCAAAGAGCACAUGCGUUUACAUACAGGUGAAACUCCAUUUAAGUGUCCUGUAUGUGGGCGAGGGUAUGCUCAACUUGGUAAUAUGAAAAGUCAUCUUAGGAUACAUAGAAAAUCAGAAGUUAAUCCAGAUUUACUUAGUAAAUUGAGACCUAAUUAUUUAAGAUUAUUAAAGCCAUAAUUAUGAAGCAGUUGAUGGGGAUUUAACUAUAUCCUUAUUAAGUUUUUAACGAGAUCAUAUUACAUUUGCAAAUUUAAUGCAAUGAGAUUUAUUAUUUAAAUUAGUUAAAACGAAUUAUAUUUUUAAAUGGUGCUUUGUUUAUUAUAGUGGAUGUUUUUUCAGUUAAGCUUUAUAGUAGAAUAGUAGACUAUAUAAAGUGUGUAAAUUAAGAAUAGAGAAUAUAUAAUAAAAUUGU